GGUCGUUUCGUGGAGGAGAAGAAGGAGAAGAAGAAGAAGAAGAAGAAGAGAAGAAGAGAAGAAGAACGCUCCAGGUGUGCGCACCGUGGACGCACGGGGGUGAUCUCAGAGAUCUGUGUGUGUGUGUGUGUGAGAGAGAGAGAGAGAGAGAGAGAGAACUUGCUGAAGUUCCUUGAAGAGGAAGCAGUCCCGCCCUCAGCAGCAGCAGCAGUCUGGAGGCCCAGGACACAAGGAGCCCGACUCAACCUCCGAGCGCGUCUUUGCGUCCCGGCUGUGUUUGUGCGUAAAGGAGCUGCUCGUUGAAGGAGUCUCGCUCCGCCUGGACGGCUCCGGCUCCGGCUCCGGCUCCGUCGGACUCCUCUGCCGUGCGGCUCGGGUGGCCAGUGGCUGGUGGUGGGCGGCGGAGCGCGGACUGAGGCCCAGCCCGAGGCCAGAAUGAGCGCAGAAGAGGAGAGGUUCAAACUGGUGGUGGUGGGAGGAGGAGGGGUGGGCAAGAGCGCCCUGACCAUCCAGUUCAUCCAGUCCUACUUUGUGUCCGAUUACGAUCCCACCAUCGAAGACUCCUACACCAAGAUCUGCACCGUGGAUGGAAAAGAGACCCGGCUGGACAUCUUGGAUACAGCAGGUCAGGAGGAGUUUGGGGCAAUGAGGGAGCAGUACAUGCGCUCAGGAGAAGGCUUCUUACUGGUGUUUGCACUCAACGACAGGGGCAGCUACCAUGAGGUCCAGAAAUUCCACACUCAGGUCCUGAGAGUGAAGGACCGAGACGACUUCCCCAUUGUGCUGGUUGGAAACAAGGCCGACCUGGAACAGCAGAGAGUGAUCUCCAGGGAGGACGCUCAGGCUUUUGCCAGCGACAACGGCAUCCACUAUAUGGAGUCUUCCGCCAAGAAUCGCUACAACGUGGAUGAGUCCUUUUUGGAAUUGGUUAAAAUCAUCAGGAGGUUCCAGGAGAUGGAGAGUACUCCUCCUGCAGCGCACCACACGGGAAAACAGAAGAGUGGGGGCUGUCCCUGUGUCCUCCUCUAAGCUCCUCCUCUAAGCCUGUCCCUCUCACGUGUGUGUGUGUGUGUGUGUGUGUGUGUGUGUGUGUGAAAGGAGAGGGGAGAUAACAAGGUGCAGCGUUAUCUUUCCUCUCAUUUGCACCUUUGCCAAAAGCAACUUUUGAAUGAGUGUGCUCUAUUAUUUUUCAUGAGAGGAUCCUGUGUCAUGAGCAGCAGCGUGAGUCUGGUGAGACACAGGAAGUCAGCACCGCGGUCGGCUCUGUACCUGUGACACGCCAGUCAUAACGAGUUUACGGCACAGAGUCGGUGCGUACAAAGAGAAACAUCAGGGCGUCGGCAGGUGUUGUAGAAAUGACCAAACUGCUGUGUCCUGCAGGUACAGAUGUCAGCAGGGACAUCACGAGCACAAAAUCUCACCGCACACACCAAGAGUUUAUAUCCAAUACUCUGUCUCUAGUGUAAAAAAAAAAUGUCUUAACAUUUCAGCUUGCUCAGGAAUUGAAUAGAAGAGUCUUUAUUGUCAUUGUACACGUACAACGAAAUCGGACGCAGACCUAUCGGUGCAAAAACAGUUCAA